AAUAUAAAGCCCACAUAUAGACGUUUAUAAGUCUGGAGAAUUAGGUUUUAGACCUCAUCGGCCGUCAAACACUCCAUAGCUGAAGCAGAAACCCGCCGAAGAUGGUGAAGGGAAGGCAAGGAGAGAGAGUCAGACUCUACACCAGAGGAACAAUUCUCGGCUACAAGAGGUCGAAGUCGAACCAGUACCCAAACACUUCUUUACUCCAGAUCGAGGGUGUUAAUUCUAAGGAUGAGGUUUCUUGGUACCAAGGGAAACGAUUGGCAUAUAUUUACAAGGCUAAAGUGAAGAAGAAUGGUUCCCAUUAUCGUUGCAUUUGGGGCAAAGUAGCAAGACCUCAUGGUAACAGUGGUAUCGUUAGAGCGAAGUUCAAGUCUAAUCUCCCACCAAAAUCCAUGGGUGACAGGGUCAGAGUAUUCAUGUACCCCAGCAACAUUUGAGGUAACUAGUUUCUUUAUAGGCUGGAAACCUCAAAAUUUUUAUAUUUUCUCAUUCUCUUCCCCCUCAUGUUUGUAUUAAUGCUGUUCAUUAUGAGUUCUGUCUUUUGUGUUAAAGUGCGCUAGUCUAGUUUUCUAACUUCGAUGGUACGAAAUUGGUAGUUGAAUUGCAAUGUUCACCAAUGUGGGUUUGAUGUAUGCCUUCACCAAAUGCCUCAUCAAGUAGGAGGUCUGCUUGCUUUCAAUUAAUCUAGGGAUUUUGAUUAAGUGGUUUUUUUGUUUUAAACAAGAUGGGGAAUGCAGAUUUUGUUCAGAAAUCAAUAAUUCAUUGAAAUUCGACAGAUUAUGUGAAUUGUGACUGCC